AUGUCACCUGAUGUUCCUGAAGUCGAAAUCUUCCCUAUACUGAAGGACAAGGUGGCCCUGAUCACUGGCGGUGCUCAAGGGAUGGGCAAAGUCACAGCUGAGGUCUUCCUAAAGGCGGGGGCCAAGGUAGUCAUCUGCGAUAUCCAGGAUGCCAAAGGCAAUGAAGUAGCCCGGGAGCUAUCGCCUUGGGGUGAAAUAUACUUCUCCAAGACGGACAUCUCGUCUUCAGAGCAGGUCUCAGCCUUAGUUCAGUUCGUUGUCGACACGUUUGGGCGCCUUGACUGCGCCAUCAAUAAUGCCGGCCUCACGCCAGAUAAUGGCACUUUGCUGGACUUCGACGAGAAUUAUUGGGACAGGCUGAUGAGUAUCACCUUGACUGGUACUGCGCUAUGCGUGAAAUAUCAGAUGAGGCAGUUCAUCGCGCAGGGUGGUGGUGGUUCAAUCGUCAACAUUGCCAGUAUCAAUGCCUUCAAGCCUCAGCCAAAUAUGCCCGCUUACACAUCAGCGAAGCAUGCUCUCGUCGGUUUAACCAAGCAUGCAAGUAUGGAGGGCGGACCUCAUAACAUUCGUGUCAAUGCCGUUGCCCCAGGUGCCAUCUUCACUGCGAUGGCCGAGGAGGCGCUAAAAAUAAUGAAGACUACGCAUGACGAAUUUGCUCCCAAAGUCAGCUACCUGAAUCGCUUCGGCCUACCUCGGGAAGUGGCUCAGGCCUCUUUGUGGUUAUCAUCACCAUCGGCGUCAUAUAUUACAGGUGUCGUUUUGCCCGUGGAUGGUGGCUUUUUGGCCAAAUAG